AUGACCAUGGAGAUCGUGAAGCACGGCGAGGAGGAGGAGUACUCCAUCAAGCCCCAGGCCGCCACUCCUCAGCUCGACACCAGCAGCUGGCCUCUGCUGCUCAAGAACUAUGACAAGCGCAACCCGCUGAAGCGUGACAUCAAGUCGUACAUCUCCAGUGGUGUCAUCAACCUGGACAAGCCCUCCAACCCCAGCUCCCACGAGGUCGUCGCUUGGCUCAAGCGCAUGCUCCGGUUCAAUGCUUCGCGUCACCCAGAUCCUAUCGCUAACAAGCCUAGUAUCGACCGUGCCACCAGGCUCGUGAAGAGCCAGCAGGGUGCCGGUAAGGAGUAUGUCUGCGUCAUCCGCCUGCACGACAAGCUCCCCGGUGGCCAGGUCCAGUUCGCUCGUGCUCUCGAGACCCUCACUGGUGCUCUGUUCCAGCGUCCUCCCCUGAUCUCGGCCGUCAAGCGUCAGCUCCGUAUCCGUACCAUCCACGAGUCCAAGGUCAUCGAGUUCGACAACGACCGCCACCUCGGUGUCUUCUGGGUCUCUUGCGAGGCCGGUACCUACAUCCGUACCCUCUGCGUCCAUCUGGGUCUCCUUCUCGGUGUUGGCGCCCACAUGCAGGAGCUCCGUCGUGUGCGCUCCGGUGCCAUGGACGAGAACAAGGGUCUCGUUACCCUCCACGACGUCCUCGACGCCCAGUGGACCAUGGACAACACCCGUGACGAGUCUUACCUUCGCAGGGUCAUUUCUCCCCUCGAGACUCUCCUCACCAGCUACAAGCGCGUUGUCGUCAAGGACAGCGCUGUCAACGCCGUCUGCUACGGUGCCAAGCUCAUGCUUCCCGGUCUCCUUCGUUACGAGUCCGAGAUUGAGGUCCACGAUGAGGUUGUCAUGAUGACCACCAAGGGCGAGGCCAUCGCUCUGGGUAUCGCCCAGAUGUCGACCGUCGAGAUGUCGACCUGCGACCACGGCGUCGUUGCCAAGAUCAAGCGCUGCAUCAUGGAGCGUGACCUGUACCCCCGCAAGUGGGGCUUGGGUCCCCAGGCUUCGGAGAAGAAGAAGAUGAAGGCUGACGGCAAGCUCGACAAGUACGGCAGGCCGAACGAGGCGACACCCGCCAAGUGGGUUUCCGAGUACAAGGACUUCAGCGGCGGUGCCCAGGCCGACGCGCCCGCCACUCCCGCCAAGCCCGCUGCCGUCGACACGGAGAUGACCUCCGCCGAGACGCCCGCCGCUGCCUCGGAUGCCGAGGACAAGGACUCGAAGAAGCGCAAGAAGCACGAGGGCGAGACGGCUGAGGAGAAGGCCGAGCGCAAGCGCAGGAAGGCGGAGAAGAAGGCGGCCAAGGCGGCGAAGAAGUCCAAGGGCGACAGCGACGAGGAGAGCGACUAA